GCAAUGGUUCAGCCUGAUGAAUUGUCUGGUUAGGGCUCAGUGACACUUCACUGAGUUUACAGACAUUUGGCCUAAAGCCUCACUCAUUUUGUGUGAUAAAGCCCUGUGGGUUCACUGAUGCCGUUUGAUUAGUCCUCCUAACCCCUAUUUUUACCGUUCUUACUCGGAUCUAAAAAACAUAUCUCCAAAUCAAUCUUUUUAGAAGCUAUUGGAUUAGCGCACAAAAUGUUGUCAAUUUACCUCCUUUUGACAGAGAGGCUGAUUAGGAGCAUAUUUAUUUUAUUGCAUUUUUCUAAACAUUAAAAUACAAUCGUAUUACACAUGGAUGACCUUGCCACGUCGUAGUGCACCUGGCUUUGGGGGGUAUUUCAAAGUUUGUUCAACGUGAUGAAGCUUAGUUUCGCUAUUCUGUUGUCUGUUUAUUUGGUUGUCCUGGUGUCUUCAAAUUCCAUGGACAAUGUCCGACUGGCGGUAUCCAAAGAAAUCUUGAAUGAGUUUGUCUUUCAAGAAAAAGAAAUCACUAUUCUAUACACAAUAUAUAAUUUCCACGAGUCCCGCGCUGCCAAAGAUGUUGAGCUAUUUGAUAUCUUUGCCGAAACAGAAUUUACGCUGAUUCAUGGGAGCCAUUCUGCUCGGUGGCCUGUUAUACCUCCCUCUUCGAACGUCACUCAUGUCUUAAUCCUCAAACCUCAAAUAAAUGGCGUCCAUAAUUUUUCUAGUGCUACAAUUACUUACAAAUCUAGUGAUUUGCAGAAAAGUUCCUUUUUGUAUUCUUCUGCACCUGGUCUACUUACAAUUCACAGACUGAAGGAGUAUAACAAGCGUUUCACUUCUCAUACAAUUGAGUGGAUUGGUUUCGCUUUGUUUGUUACACCGUGCUUACUGAUACCAUAUAUGCUAUGGCGCUCAAGUGCAUCAAAAUACUAGCUCUUUAUAAUACUCUUCUUCAUUUGUAUAUUUCUUCUCACGUUGUAUUUCGUUUCUUUGUAUCCAUAAUAUGUAUGUUAUGUAAAGAGUAUGAAAUGUAUUUGGUAAAUAAAUGGAAAAGCGUAUGCUAGUAAUACUGUGGA